AUGGGUCUCCUUCCUACCGACCGCAUGAACAGCCUCUCCUCCCCGCGCUGCGUGUGGGUGAACGGCCCCAUCAUCGUGGGCGCCGGUCCCUCGGGGCUCGCCGUGGCGGCGUGCCUGCGUGAGCAGGGCGUCCCCUACGUCAUCCUGGAGCGAGCCGACUGCAUCGCUUCUCUCUGGCAGAAGCGCACCUACGACCGCCUCAAGCUGCACCUGCCCAAGCAGUUCUGCGAGCUGCCGCGGAUGCCGUUCCCGGACCACUACCCGGAGUACCCCACCCGCCGCCAGUUCAUCGACUACCUCGAGGACUACGCGGCCAAGUUCGAGAUCAAGCCCGAGUUCAGCAGCACCGUGCUGUCCGCGCGCUACGACGAGACGUCCGGACUCUGGCGCGUCGUCACCUCCGCGCCCAACAACGGCGGCGACAUGGAGUACAUCGGCCGCUGGCUCGUCGUCGCCACGGGCGAGAACGCCGAGACCGUCGUCCCGGACUUCCCGGGGCUCGACGGAUUCGACGGCAAGGUCACCCACGUCAGCGACUACAAGUCCGGCGAGGCGUACGCCGGCAAGCGCGUGCUCGUCGUGGGGUGCGGGAACUCGGGCAUGGAGGUGUCGCUUGACCUCUCCGACCACGGCGCCCGCCCGGCUAUGGUCGUGCGCGACGCCGUGCACGUCCUCCCCCGCGAGGUGCUCGGCAAGUCCACCUUCGAGCUCGCCGUGCUCCUCAUGCGCUGGCUCCCGCUCUGGAUCGUCGACAAGAUCAUGGUGCUCCUCGCCUGGCUCGUCCUCGGCAACCUCGCUAAGCUCGGCCUCCGCCGCCCCGCCGCCGGCCCGCUCGAGCUCAAGGAGAAGUAUGGCCGCACCCCCGUGCUCGACUACGGCGCGCUCGCCCGCAUCCGUGCCGGUGACAUCGCCGUCGCCCCUGCCGUCACACGUUUCGGCAAGGGCGGCCAGGUUGAGCUUGCCGACGGCCGCACGCUCAACUUCGACGCCGUCAUCCUCGCCACAGGAUACCGCAGCAACGUGCCACAGUGGCUCCAGGGCAACGAUUUCUUCGGCAAGGACGGAUACCCCAAGACCGCCUUCCCCCACGGAUGGAAGGGUCAGUCUGGGCUCUACGCUGUCGGUUUCACCCGGCGUGGUCUCUCUGGCGCCUCCGCCGACGCCGUGCGCAUUGCCAAGGACCUUGGCAACGUUUGGAGGGAGGAGACCAAGCCGACGAAGAGGGCCGGCGCCUGCCACAGGCGCUGCAUCUCCGUCGUCUUCUAA